UGCUGGUCUUGGGUCACGUGACUUACACACACAAAAUACAGCCAUAUUGGUUCGAGCUUCGUGUUCAAAAGAACAAUUAAAUAUUUUAUCGAACUGCAACUCGCACAGACACAAGGAAAGAUGGCAGACACUCUAAAGUUUGGUCCAGAAUGGUUACGCCAGUUGUCAGGCGGAAAUAGUAUUGGGACACCCCCGCCCUCCCCUGCCCCAGGGUUUGGAAAAUACAAGCUUGCUGACUACAGGUAUGGUCGCGAGGAGAUGUUAGCGCUGUACACUCCCAGUCCCGGGGUACCAGACGAGCUCAAGGACCUCAACGCCAUACUGUCUGAGAAGCCACAAGAGCCUCUGGCCUUCCAGCCCCUGUCAGAGGAAGAACAGCGUAUUAUGUCCCAGUCUGUGAACAGUCAGGCGGUGCUGAGGGCCAUGGGGCGGGGCCCUCCAAUGAGGGGCAGGGGCGUCGGACUGGAAAGGGGGCGAGGCAGAGGUCGUGGGCGGGGCGAUGGCUUCAUGCAGAGGGGCGUGUCCUAUGACGAGAAUGAUGGAGGUCCUGGGGGCUUCGGUCGCCCCAGGCAACGACCAGACGGAUCAUGGGAUGAGGGGGAUCCUAAGGGUUUCCACGGGCACAACAAGAUGUACCAGCGGUCCUUGAGCAGUGAGAAUUGGCGAGAUAGAGAGGAGGAGGAGGAGGAGGGAGGGGACUGGAGGAAGGCUGGGUCUGGGUCAAAGUGGGGGACCAACACACGAGGCUCCUGGAGGGACAACAGGUGGGGCACAGGGGUGUACGGGAUUGGAGGAAAGGGGGUCAAAGUGGGGGACCAACACGUGAGGCUCGUGGAGGGACAACAGGUUGGGCACAGGGGUGUACGGGAUUGGAGGAAAGGGGGUCAAAGUGGGGGACCAACACACAGGGCUCCUGGAGGGACAACAGAUGGGGCACAGGGGUGUAUGGGAUUGGAGGAAAGAGGGUCAAAGUGGGGGACCAACACGGGAUACGACCCAGGUUACAACCAAGCAGGGCGGGGAUACACAAGGCAGUACAGUCGCCAACGAAGCGGGGAAAACUGGGAUGAGGAAGAGGUUCCAGAGUGGAGCACUGACGGUGACCCUGACGAGCUCGGAACAUUUGAUGCAAGCGGGGCUUUUGUGUCACCUAAUAGAAAGGGUUUCAGACGAGAAUAUGAAGACAGAGAGGAGCUGGAGUCCCCAAGGUCAGGGGGUGGCACACCUGACAGUAACAGAGAGAGGCUUAAAGAUGUCAAUCCUAAGGGGGCUGCCAGUCAGGGGAUGAAGGAAGCACUUGACAAUCGAAACAAGAAACCCAUUGAAAAGCCCGACGUGAAAACGGACACGGACGACUCUCCCCUUGCCACUCCUCCGCCAAAGUCAAAAAUUGCUCAAUCUGGUGAUAAUAAACAUUUGUCAAGCGGUGAUGACAAAAAACAACCAGUCAAAAACAGUGCUUCAACGCAGCCCUCGCCCAAACCAGUCCCAAAAGUUGAAAUGGUCCCACCGCAAAAAACGCCACCGGAGAAAAUCGACAAAGAACCCACCGAUAAAAACGCGACCUCAAUUAAAAAAGACGAGCAAAAGAAGGAGAAUGAUAAGGCAGCUAAGACUGAUAAUUCCGGUGAAAAAUGUGAUAAAACAACAGUGGCAAAAACAACUAAAAGUGCUGCUGCUUUAGGUGCUAGUGAUGCAAAACCAGAAAGUGCUGUUAACAAAGCUGCCAGUGUUGCAAACACUGGUGGGCAAACAAACAAGAAGAAAGAGAAAAUUAAUUCAGAGGUGGAAGCAUUGAAUCAGCUUCAAGAGAAAGUAGAAAAUAUGGUGGCAGGAAUAACUAUUACAGAGGAGGAGGAGGAGCGUCGCAGUGCCCUGCCGCCGGACCAUGAACAUUACAACAAGUGGUUCUAUAGAGACCCUCAGGGAGACUUGCAAGGUCCGUUUGCAUCAACAGAGAUGGCGGAAUGGUUUAGUGCUGGGUAUUUUACAAUGAAUUUGCAAGUCCGAAGAGGCUGUGAUGAAGUGUUCUCUCCCCUAGGGGAGCUAAUAAAGCGAUGGGGUCGUGUCCCUUUCCUGCCUGGCCAAAUGCCUCCACCUCUCAUGAAUAAUAUUUCUCCUGCCACUGAAUCCCCACCACAACAACAUCAACAACAACCACAGCAGCAACAACCUCAGCAGCAGCAACAGCAGCAGUGGCAGGACCCAGGCCAGGCAGUGGCGGACCAUCAGCAGUUCCUUCAGCAGUAUGUACAGCAGCAGAUGCAGCAACAACAAAUGCUGAUGAGGCAACUCCAGCUACAGCAGCAGUUACAGCAGGUGAUGACCCAACUACAGGAGUCGAGCCACUUCAAGGCCCUCUCCCCGCUACAACAACAACAGCUAGUGCUGCAGAUCAUGGCCAAACAGAGCGUUCUGCCUGCACAGCAGCACCCUCAGAGACUGUCACCUAGGUAUUUGCAUGCCAAAAUUCAGCAGAAGCUCCUCCUGUUAUCUCCAAUGACAACACCUCCCCCCAUGGUGAACCCUGUCCCUGCGUUCUCCGCCUCCAGCUCCUCCCAGGGUGGGGCCCUACCUGCCAGCAUCUGGGACAUUGACCCAGCCUCCAUUGCCAGCAUGCCCACCACUGGCAUUUCUGCUGCCGACCUUGAGGCCCACUUGAAGGAAAAAGAAAUCGAGGCAGAGAAGGAGCAGCAAGAACGCCUGAAGCAGGAGAGAGAGAAGUUACGGAGGGAACAGGAGGAAGUGCAGAGACAGAAGGAAGAAAUAGAGAGGCAGAGGCAGGAGUUUGAACAACGAAGACAAGACGAUCUCAAGAAAAUGGAAGAGGAAAGAUUUCGCGCGGAAGAAGAAAAGAAACGCUACGAAGAAGAACAGAGAACCCGGUUGUUAGAAGAGCAGCGGGUGAGACAAAAACAAGAGGAGGAGCGUAAAACGCGUCAGAUGGAGGAACAUAGAAGUAGGGAGGAAGAAGAACAGGUGAGGCAAAUGGAGGUAGAACAGAGAAAGCGUGAGGAAGAAGGAAGGCAGAAGGAGGCACAGAGAAAACAGGAGGCGCAGAAGCAGUUAGAGGCUCAGAAACAGCGUGAUCAGCAACUGGCCCUGCAGCGACAGCAGCAGCAACAACAAGAGGAGGUGAUGAGGAAACACCAGCAAGACGCCCUUCGCAAGAUACAGCAGGAACAGCUGGCAAACAUGCAGUUACCAUCACAUGUGCAGUGGGCCAGUGGAGGUGGUAGCCCCCUGGUGUCCUCUAACGGGGGCAGGUCCCUGCUGGAGAUCCAGCAACAGGAGGAGCGAGAGAGGCUCGCUAGGGACGAGCUUCUUAAAAAGCAGCAGGAGUCUCAAAGGCAGCAAAUGUUGGCAUUGCAACAACAGCAGCAGCAGCAGAAAUCCUGGACAAGCACUGUCUCACCACCGUCGUCAGCCAAGUCCCUGCUAGAGAUACAACAGGAGCAAGCCAGGCAGCUGGAGAGAGAGAGACAGAAACGAGAGGAGAACCAGCAACAUGUAGCUAAGAACAUGACCCUGGGGUCAGCCAGCGUGUGGGGGUCAGGUGCUGGGGUCAACAACUGGGCCAACGAGGGGGCCUGGGGAGCCCUGAAGAACGCCCAGCUCGCUGGGUCUGACUCCUCUCUGGGAUUCUGGGACGAGGCCAUUAUAUCAUCUGGGCCGGCCAAGAAAACUGCACCCAAGCAGAAUUCAGGCAAGCAGCAGGGCACCACUGACUUCCCUGCACUCCCUGGAGGAGGUAACUCCAACAAGGGACGCAACUCCGGCAGCCAGAACAAGGCAAAACCUUCCAAAACUAAGAAAGAUGAGGAGGCAGUACAGAGGCUGUUCCAGGCCCCUGUACAGGAGGAUGACUUCACCAGCUGGUGUAGAAAACAGCUGAACAGCAUGGACACCUCUGUAGACAUCCCAACAUUUGUUGCCUUCCUACUGGAAGUGGAGUCACCAUACGAGGUUCAUGACUACAUUCGUUCGUACCUUGGGGAGAGCAAGGCAUCAGAAGAGUUCGGGAAAGCCUUCCUAGAGAAGAGAAGUCAGACCAGGAAUCAGUCAAAACCAGCCCAGGCUAUGGACAGCAUCUGGGGCCCAGCUGUGGCCAUCACCCCACGCGAGCUGAGACAGCUGCCACAACCCCACACCAGCACCGAUGACAUGCAGAAAGGAAAGCCAAACAAGAAAAAGAAGAGCAAGAUGAUGAAGCUCGACUCGAGCAUUCUGGGAUUUACCGUUCACGCAGCGCCGGACCGCAUGGUCGGCGAGAUCGACAGUCUUGAAACCGCCAAUACAAGGUGAAGAGAUUGCCGGAAUCAGUUUGGUUUAAGAUUCGUGAAUGUUAAUUUGAAUUUUUUCUUGAAAAAUUCAACUGAUUAAGUUGUCUUGUGAUUCUUUGGAAUAUGCAUGGCUUUGUUGCAUUUGUACAAUAUUUGGUGUGCGGGAAAUGGAUGAUAGCGCCGAGUAUUGAGUACAGAGAGAGUAACAUGACAUGCCAUGGGUUUGGACAAGUUUGGAUUCAGUGAUAUGCAGAUAUGAAAUGUUCAGGGAUUGUGUAUCAGUAGAGUGGUUGAAUUAGAGCCUUGCCCUGGAUAAACUGGGCUUAAUGCAUGAGUGUAAAGUAGUGUUCCAGUUUAGCCUAGAUUAGACAACACUUUCCCGCUGUAAGGAUUUUUCGUUUAAAGGAAGUGCCUUCAAAAUUAAAAUCCAGUCAAGGGAGAAAGUGUUGCCCCUUACUUUCCUUUGCAGACUGCACAGGCCAAUCUGGGUUCACACUUUACGCUCAUGCAUUAAGCCUUGUAUUCCCAGAAAGCGGGAUCAUGAAGGUGUAAUGUUAUAAUGUUUCAUAUUGAUGCUAAGAUGGAGUCAAACCAUCUGUCCAAACUAGAUUACCACUGGAUAUUGAGUGAAAUUCACUAAUGUUUUAUCUUGACGUUAAGAGAUACAGAUGAUAUCUGAUUGCACUAUAAUUUAUGAUUGUCCCAAAUGUUCUCUCUUUAAGGCAUUGCAGAUUUUAUUUUACAGUUUUUAAUGAUUUAAUAAAAAUUCAAUGAAAAUGGCAUUAUAUAAUGUUUUGCCAUCUUAAGCUCAAGCAAAAUCAAAAUGAAACAACACACAGAAAUUAUGUUGUAAAGUAAAAGAAUGAAAAAGAAUAAGGAAUGCAAACACAACUUAAAAGGUAAUUUAGAGCAACUGCAUGACUUUAGAACAUGUGGCCAUGGAAAUUAUUCAAGGGGCUUUAUAGUCAUAAGAAGCUUCUUAAAAGUUAUUUUAGCAAUUUUAAACUUAACAGUGUUAUAACAUAGCUUUUGAAGAAACACAACUUGACUUUUUCUUCUUCAUUCAGUGAAUUCUUCACUACUGUCAUAAGCUCAGUUCAGACAAACACCAUGGCACUAUCCAUAUUUUAUACAAAAACCUAAAUUUUAAUAUCCAACAUGACACAAGAAAAAAUUGCUACAAAAGAGGAAAUGGUAUAUUUGUCCCCUACCGGUUUUACCGGAGGGGACUUAUGGUUUGCGCUCUGUGCAUCUGUGAGUCUGUCUGUCACACUUUUCUGGAUCCUGCAAUUACUUUAAAAGUCCUUCAUAUUUUUUCAUGAAACUUAAAACAUGGAUAGAUGGCAACAUGGACAUUAUGCAUGUCAUUUCAUUUUGUUCCUACGUCAAAAUUCUGGUUGCUAUGGUAACAAAUAUUAAUUUGUUUAAAUCUGACAAUUGUGGAAAUUUCUGACAAUGGUGGAGCCGGUAGGGGACAUUUAUUGCUUGGCAAUAGUCUUUUUUGUAUUGCUGUUUUGAAAAUUUACAAUGAAUUAAAUAAGGUAUCUGUAGUUGAAUUCUUUUGUCUUAUUCAUCUAUACAGAUUGUUCAAAUAAAUGAAUUUUUUAACAACGAAAACAUCUUCGUUUGAUUUGGAUGUAAAACUUCUGUAAUAACCAUUGACAAUACCGGUAGAAUUUUACAUAUAGACUUUAAUUAUCAUGUACAAGCUGUAGACAACUUCAGAACCCACAAAAAGUUUUUGCCCCAUAGGUUAUUAACAUUUAAUCAAAGCUCUGAAGGCAUUGGACUUGUUGGCUAUUUUGUAAGGUCAAGAGAUAAAACAAAAUCAUGAAAAGAAACUAAGAAAACUGUGUAUACCGGCUCAUUAUUAAAUGUUUAGCCCAGGAGUCAUCAAGACUUGUUCUGAGCAUGAACUGUAUGUCAAAAAAGUUCAUUUAACAACCAGUUUUAUUGUUAUUUUGCAUUAUUGUGUCUCAAAUGUUUUGUUUUAUUGAAUUAGAUAACGGGUUUUAUGUUACUUUCCUAUGCUCAUUUGGUAACCGCACUGUCGAAGUUGACAUUCUAAGAGUGUCAAUAUUUUUAUAAAAAAGUAAAUUCAUUCAGUAUUUAUUAAACUAUUUGUAUUGUUUUGUUAAAGAAACAAUAGAAUGUACCUAUUUUGUAAUGAAUAAUGGUAACAGUCACAAUCUUAGUUAAAGUCAAUCUGCAUAUGACUCGUGAUAGUCUUUUUAUGAACCCUCAGAACAUUCAGCAGUUAUCAUUCCAAUAGUUAUCAUUAAUUUCCUUUUAUUAUUUAAAUGACAACUGCUCUAAAAGGUUUGGAUGGAUAACUUAACUGUCUGAAGAGAAAAAAAUGAAUGACUGUUUGCAUCAAUAAAUAAAUAAAGACAUAGUAAUGAUUUACAUUUAUAAAGCGUAAGAAUUUAAGAUGAAAAUGUGGUUCAUUCUUUUCUCAAUGCUUUGGAGAUUAAAAACAAAUUUUAUGGCUUGAAUAGUGAGAAAAUAUUUUUUUCUAUAUAAUAAAAAGUUAAAUUAUGUGAACUUUGCUCGUUAUUGCUGCAUACUUUUAACUGGUUUGCAUUUGUAAUUUAUCAUUAAAAGUAUGCUCUUUUUUUUAAAAGGAACAUUUUUUUACGAAGAAGUGCUAAUUAAUAACAGACACACUUGAAUGCCUUCUUGUGUAGUUAAAAUACGUGUAUGUAACUUGUUGAUGUGUGAUAUGAAGAUAAUGAAAUGGCCAAAAAUUAUAAACAAAAAUAAUAAAAUGUGUUGAAUAAAGUAAAUGACAACUUUAA